CGCGUUGCCGCCGCCGCCGCUGCUGCCGCCGUCGCCUCCGCCACCGUCGCUGCUGCCACCACCACCUCCUCCUCUUCUUACGCCGCCGCCGCCUCCUCCUCCAGCUCGGGCUGCCGCGGGGCCAGACGAGUCCCCAUGCCCCUGUCCCGCCGGGGGCGCCGCCGCCGCCGCUGCCCGACUGUAUAGACUGCUGAGAAGACUUGCAAGCCAGUGACCCAAGCUUAUUCCAGGAAGGGGGUACUCAUGGAAGAGGAACAGGAUUUACCAGAACAGCCAGUGAAGAAAGCCAAGAUGCAAGAUUCGGGAGAGCAGGCUUUGAGUCAAGUGAGCAACCCUGAAGGCAGUGAUCAGAAACCUGAAACGUCAAGCCUUGCUUCAAACCUUACCAUGUCAGAUGAAAUUAUGACAUGUACUGAUUACAUCCCUCGAUCAUCCAAUGAUUAUACCUCACAGAUGUAUUCUGCAAAACCUUAUGCACAUAUCCUUUCAGUCCCUGUAUCGGAGACUGCUUACUCGGGCCAGACUCAGUACCAAACACUUCAGCAGUCCCAACCCUAUGCUGUCUACCCUCAGGCAACCCAAACCUAUGGACUACCUCCUUUUGGUGCAUUGUGGCCAGGUAUGAAACCUGAAAGUGGUUUAAUUCAGACUCCAGCUCCAAGUCAACACAGUGUUCUUACCUGCACUACAGGGCUAACCACAGGCCAGCCAAGCCCAGCACAUUACUCUUAUCCCAUUCAAGCUUCAAGUACCAAUGCCAGCCUGAUCUCCUCUUCAUCCACAAUUGCCAAUAUUCCAGCAUCAGCAGUUGCCAGCAUCUCAAACCAGGACUAUCCUACAUACACCAUCCUUGGCCAGAGUCAGUACCAGGCAUGCUACCCCAGCUCCAGCUUUGGGGUCACAGGCCAAAGCCACAGUGACACUGAGAACCCCACGUUAGCAGCAUCCACAUACCAGACCGAGAAGCCCAAUGUCAUGGUGCCUGCACCAGCAGCACAGAGACUUCCCUCUGGAGACCCUUCCUCCAGCCCAUCUUUGUCCCGGGGUACGCCAAGUAAGGACGCUGAAGAGCAAUCUAGGAAAAACACGCCUGCCAAGAACCGGGGCAAGAGGAGAGCUGAUGCUGCACCUGCCCCAGACAAUGAGCUGGAACGAGUGUUUCUCUGGGACUUGGAUGAAACCAUCAUCAUCUUCCAUUCUCUUCUCACAGGAUCCUAUGCCCAGAAAUAUGGAAAGGAUCCAACAGUUGUGAUUGGCUCAGGUUUAACUAUGGAAGAGAUGAUUUUCGAGGUGGCUGACACUCAUCUCUUUUUCAAUGACUUGGAGGAAUGUGACCAAGUGCAUGUGGAAGAUGUGGCAUCUGAUGAUAAUGGACAGGACUUAAGCAACUACAGUUUCUCAACGGAUGGUUUCAGCGGCUCAGGAGGUGGUGCCAGCCAUGGCUCUGCUGUAGGUGUACAAGGGGGAGUGGACUGGAUGAGGAAGCUGGCUUUCCGCUAUCGCAAAGUGAGAGAAAUCUAUGACAAACACAAAAGCAACGUGGGUGGCCUUCUCAGUCCCCAGAGAAAGGAAGCACUUCAGAGACUCAGAGCAGAAAUUGAAGUCUUAACUGAUUCCUGGCUGGGAACGGCACUAAAGUCUUUACUUCUCAUCCAGUCCAGAAAGAAUUGUGUGAACGUCUUGAUCACCACCACACAGCUGGUGCCUGCUUUGGCCAAGGUCCUCCUCUAUGGCCUGGGAGAAGUGUUCCCCAUCGAGAACAUCUACAGUGCUACGAAGAUAGGUAAGGAGAGCUGCUUCGAGAGAAUCGUGUCUCGAUUUGGCAAGAAAGUUACAUACGUGGUGAUCGGAGACGGACGGGAUGAGGAAAUUGCAGCCAAACAGCACAACAUGCCUUUCUGGCGGAUCACAAACCACGGAGACCUUGUGUCACUCCACCAAGCCCUUGAACUGGAUUUCCUAUAAGGCCGGGAGCUGAGGUGCCAGCCCCAUGAGCCCUUCUCACUCCCAGCCGGGGCACUCUCCUCUCCUCUGGAUGAGAUGCGAGUCCAGCCCAGCCGGAGCCCAGAGCAGGAAGGGACAGUUUGUUUUCUCCACGAGGGGGACCCAUCCUAGGGCACACCCUGGUACAGAAGGUGGAGACGGAUGGAGAGAACGGCAGUCUCACCUUAGCUACAGUGAUUUCAUUCUUCUCUUUUUGUUUUCUUUUAAAAAAAAAAGGAAAAAAAUCCCUGAGGCAGAGUUGUGCUCAAAUGUAGAGUGUGAUGGGAGAACACAGUGCCAUUAACUUGUGGUCGAUAGGUUAGAAGCAGAACACUCUGGUGACAUCUCUCCGUCCUUUGUAGUCUAUUUAGCUAUUGAAUUUCUUCCCGGUGAAUGGAUGUGUUAUUUUUCUGGGUCUGGUCUCUGAAGCAGAUUUUCUUUGUCCCUUCGUUAUUAAGCCAAAAUGGGGAGUGGGGAGGCAGAAGGAUUGAUUUUCUUGGAAACCAUGAAUGGUCUCAACUUGAGGUUGAUGCCCUAACCACCACCCCACCCCACCCCAGCUGUUCUGAACCAUCUCUCAUUUGGGCCCGCCCCUCCUGCUGAGGAAGUGAAGGAGAUGUGGGGGGCAUCCAUGCCUCUGCACUGCAAAGCGCCCCCACAAGUGACCUUCUGUCAUUGUGACGCCUGUUCUUAAAAAAGAUGUCCUCUGUCCCCUGGGCCUCCCUUGCCCAACCCAGGUGAAACCACCUGGAUUCCCACCCUGCCAAACACCAGGGUGUUUGCCCAACACUCAGAUCCCCAGGCAUCUCAGCUGCUGGGCCAGGCCAGAGAAACCAAAGAGAAGGCCCUGUGCCUCUUUGCACAUUUCCCAUCUCUAUGGUGCCCUGAUGCCUGCUCCUUUUUCCUCUCUCCCUGUCACCCAAGACUCUUCCCUUGUAGCUGUGCAGGCUGAAGCUGCCUCCCUAGGCCAGGACACCAGCCUCCUCCUCAGGCUCAGCCCACACCCCCAGGGCAGCGCUGUCUGGGUGACCUUUGGUGGAGCCAACUCUUCCUCCAACAGAUGUGGGACCUCACCAGGCUCCUUCCCCAGGAAGAUGAUGCUGCUGGGUCUGGGCUGCUGUGUUGGGACCUUGAACCUAAGGCAGGUGAUCAGUCUCUUUCCAGCUUCAGCCCCGACUCCCAUAAGCUAGCCUUUGCUCUCCUUGGCUGAGCUCAGAGAAUCCCAGGCAUGGCUGCCAGAGAACUUGUAACCACUUGGGCUGUCGAUGGGACCUCGUUUUCCAUUGACGCCUGGUUUGAAAUGGCAUCUUUAGGGCUCCCUCUGCCAGUCUGGAGACCCUGAGAAAUGCCAGACGUGAGGAACAUCUCUUACUGGCAACAGCCCGAAUCUGCCUCCUGCACUUCUCUAGCCUCAGCUGCCCUCACCCUUGGCCUCUGGCCAGAGAGGAGACACCCCUGAAGCCACUGGGCCUUGUGGCAAGAGCAAGAAGCAGACACAAGACGUCCCCAGCACCAGACAGGGCCACGAUCCUAAUGCCCUAAGAAGCUGCUCCUUCCUCGUCCUUUACAACUGGCAGAAGGAUCUCCAUCAGAUGUACCUUCUUGACCUCCAUGGCAACAUCAGGAAGAUGAGGCUCCUUUCUCUCUGGCUCCAAGCUUCUUUCACACCUACCCCAGAGGAUGCUAUGUCAUGGACUGGGCAAAAAUUGUAGAGGAAUCCACCCUCCAGCUUCCUACAUACAUCACCACACAGAAAAUUCUCCACUCCUGUGACCUAGGGAGCCUAGAACCCUGUUUUUUUUCCCCCCAGUGCAGAGGCUGAACCCAUUCCUGGCCAACAGCUGGGUGCAGGUUGUUCCCAGAUGAACUCUGACUUUGCCAAGGGAGGAAGAAGCUCUCUCAAGUGAAACACCGUUGGUGGGCGGAGGGGGGCAACCAAGCUACUCUGAUCCCCUUGGGUCCCUGUCCCCCCUGUAGCAGUUUGCAGUGUUCACAUUUCACUUUUCUCCAAGAGGGAUCUCUGGGAUGGUGAGGACUAUAUGUUGGGCUGGAGCUGAGGAAUGUUAUGAAUCCUUUAGUUUCCAAGAAAAUAGCCUAAUGGAACAUGCCCUUUGUAUUUGAGACAAUCCCCCUGGAAUUAGCCGAGUGACCGACACUUCCACCCAACAUUGGUUCCUGUAAGAUGGGUCCAAAAACUCCCCCUGGUGAUCCACAGGCACCAGGAGAGCCCCAGGGUCCUAGGGUGGCCUAACUUUCGAAUGUAAAACUGACCGUGCCUUAGUGUUACCAUGUCCAGAGCACUGAUGGGGCAGUGCAUGUGUCCAUGAAAUGGCCCCCAGGCUAGCCCAUAAGCCCGCCUAGCGCUCUACUACAACAUGUGUUUUCAUUGGCUUCAUGGUUUCCUGCAUUAUCUGCUUUGGGGUAGGUGUAGAGGCUGUGAGCAGAGCUGCCAUUGUUGCUCCAGGUACCCUUUACUCCAAGGCCUGGUUCAAAGAAAGCUCAGGGGGCAGUAGAUUGAGUGGGAAAUACCGAUGGCUGCUGGGCUCUUUCCAGCCCUAUGGACCACCAUCCGGGGUGACCGUGUGGAUGCUGCCAGCACCUAGGGAGAGCUGCAGGGUGUAGACUAUGCACAAACGACUGGCCCCCUUCUGGGAGCCAUGAUGGGCAGAGGGUCAGAGCUGGCUCUGGGAGGGGCAGUCUCACCUCACAGAACUUCAAGCCCCUGAGACAGGUUUCAUUUCUCGAUACUCCUUGUUUCAUUAUUCAUUCAGAAACAGAAGCAUUCAAACUGUACAGACCAGAUUGAUCCUGGGAGGUCUCAAGCCACAGGAGCGAAAUCUUCUCGUCCUCACCCUGGGGGGAUCUCAGUAGCAAUGGUCCAGGCCUCCCUUUGCUCCCUCUCCCAAGAAGACUGGAAAGCGAAACUCCUUGGCUAGUCCCUAAUGCACUGACAGGAACCAUCCCCUCAAGGACUGAUUCUGCUCAAAACUGGAUUUUUCCCUCUGGACUUUAGAUGCCUCAAAGCAGGAAUAAACAUUGGAUUUGGAAUAUUUAUGUGACUGAGGGCAUUCGUGGCUGUAGAUUCCUUGACCAUAAUGUUAUAUGUAAUGGGAACUAUCUUAUAAACUUGAAAAAAAUAAAGUUUUUAUUUUCUAUA